AUGUUUCGUCCUACUCAAGUCCUUCAAGCUCUUAAGCAGAUCAUUUGGCUGCAUAACCACUAUAGCAAUUCCAUCGCUAUCCGUGCCGCCGGUGAAGAAACCGUGAGAAAGCAUUUUGACAGAAAUAAUCUUGAAAAUCGCGAUAUUGAAAUUGCUAAAAUCAAGUCCAGCUGGCAUUCAACUCCUCAAGACUCUGAAGAACAUUUGACGUUUGAAUUCGAAACGGGAAGCAAUCAGCAUGUCACGACUCAACAUGUCUACAGGUCUACAGAGUAG